AUGUCAAACAUUCAGAAGGUCGAAUAUGAGGCACUCACUGUCUCCGGAGAUAACUACCUCAAAUGGGCCCUUGACACCAAGAUCUACUUCAACUCAAAAAGUCUGGGUGAAUGCAUCAAAGAUCCCAACACCGCGACUCAAACAGAACGGUACUCGGCGAUAUUUAUUAUCCGCCAUCACCUCGCUGAGUCUCUCAAACAACAAUACCUCACUCUUGAGGAUCCACUCGAACUUUGGGUGGCACUGAAAAAGCGAUAUGACCAUCAGAAAACGGUCAUACUGCCCCAAGCCAAGUUCGACUGGAAGAACCUACGGUUCGAAGAUUUCAAAUCCGUCGAAGAAUUCAAUUCCGAACUCUUUCGGAUAGUUGCACUCAUAAAACUAUGUGGCGAGGAGGUCACUGAUAAGGAUAUGCUAGAGAAAACAUUCUCUACUUUUGGCACUCCCAAUGUUGUUUUCUCUAGCAUAUCCAUAUCGAAACUCAGGAUGAAGGGAACAAAGAGUUUUUAA